AUGGCCCGCACCAAGCAGACUGCCCGCAAAUCCACCGGCGGCAAGGCCCCCAGGAAGCAACUCGCCACCAAGGCCGCAAGGAAGUCCGCCCCAGCCACCGGCGGCGUGAAGAAGCCACACCGCUUCCGUCCGGGAACCGUCGCCCUCCGGGAGAUCCGCAAGUACCAGAAGUCCACUGAGCUCCUCAUCCGCAAGCUCCCCUUCCAGAGGCUGGUGCGCGAGAUCGCCCAGGACUUCAAGACCGACCUCAGGUUCCAGAGCUCCGCCGUGGCGGCGCUGCAGGAGGCGGCGGAGGCCUACCUGGUCGGGCUCUUCGAGGACACCAACCUCUGCGCGAUUCACGCCAAGAGGGUGACCAUCAUGCCCAAGGAUAUCCAGCUUGCGAGGAGGAUCAGGGGUGAGCGGGCUUAG